AUGGACGCAGCCAGUAGCAAGGGCUACGAAGACACCGAUGAUUUGAGCGACCUCACCUCUCUCCUGUCGGACGACGAGGAUGCAGCAGAUCAGCCAAGUAGGAUUCGGGGAGCCUCUCGUCGCGGCUUUUCUGCCUACAAGAACAAGAAGGGGCAAGAUACCGUUCGAGGCAAGUUAGAGACGAAUCAUCCACUUCUUAAGACUAUGUGGGAUGAUCUCGAGAAGAUGAAACGCCUGAAUGCUGGUAAGGCUGAGCAGCCGAAGACCAUCUCUCGCCAUCUCAAACCCUUCCAACUGGAGGGCCUUGCUUGGAUGAAGGCAAUGGAACAGACAAAGUGGAAGGGCGGCCUUCUAGGCGACGAGAUGGGCCUUGGGAAAACCAUACAGGCCGUCAGCCUCAUCAUGAGUGACUAUCCCGCCAAGCAACCCACGCUUGUCCUGGUCCCACCGGUCGCUCUGAUGCAAUGGGUCAGCGAGAUCGACAGCUAUACCGACGGGACACUAAAAACCCUCGUCUAUCACGGCACUAAUCCCAAGGCCAAAGCCAAGUCAGUCAAGGAGUUGAAGAAAUACGAUGUCAUCAUGAUGUCGUACAACAGCUUGGAGUCCUUGUACAGGAAGCAGGAGAAAGGCUUCAGGAGAAAGGACGGCCUGCACAAGGAGAAGUCGUUGAUUCACUCCAUCCACUUCCACCGUGUGAUCCUGGAUGAGGCUCAUUGUAUCAAAACACGCACGACCAUGACAGCAAAGGCCUGCUUCGCCUUGAAGGUUGAGUACCGCUGGUGUCUUACCGGCACACCUCUCCAGAAUCGCAUCGGCGAGUUCUUCAGUCUGAUCAGAUUCCUCAACAUUCGCCCCUUCGCUUCGUACUUCUGCAAGCACUGUCCUUGCGAGUCGAUCAACUGGGACAUGAACGAUGAGCACGUGUGCAAGAGCUGCAAACAUAGCGCGAUGCAACAUAUCAGUGUAUUCAACCAAGAGCUUUUGAACCCUAUUCAACGCUAUGGUAACUUUGGCCCUGGCAAGGAGGCUUUCCAGAAGCUCCGUAUGAUGACCGACCGGAUCAUGUUGCGUCGUCUCAAGAAGGAUCACACCAAUUCCAUGGAUCUGCCAGUCAAGGAGAUCUUUGUGGAUCGCCAGUUCUUCGGCGCCGCAGAGAAUGAUUUUGCAAACAGUAUCAUGACCAACGGUCGGCGAAACUUCGACACAUACGUCGCUCAGGGUGUUCUUCUCAACAACUACGCCAACAUCUUUGGUCUCAUCAUGCAAAUGAGACAGGUCGCGGACCACCCUGAUCUCAUCCUGAAGAAGAACGCAGCCGAGGGUCAGAACGUUCUACAGUGCAUCAUCUGUGACGAGCCGGCCGAGGAAGCCAUACGGUCUAGGUGUAAGCAUGAUUUCUGCCGCGCGUGUGCGAAGGCAUACCUCAACUCUCAGGAUCAGCCUGACUGCCCCCGUUGCCACAUUCCGCUGUCCAUUGAUCUUGAGCAACCUGAGAUCGAGCAAGAUGAGACUCUUGUUAGGAAGUCAAGCAUCAUCAAUCGAAUCAAGAUGGAGAAGUGGACUUCCUCCUCCAAGAUCGAGCUGCUGGUCCGCGAGCUCCACAAGCUUCGCUCGGACAAGGCUACCCACAAGUCGAUCAUCUUUUCCCAAUUCACGACCAUGCUUCAGCUUAUCGAGUGGCGGCUGCGCCGCGCAGGAAUCUCCACCGUGAUGCUGGAUGGCUCCAUGACUCCGGCUCAGCGUGCGGCGUCCAUCAACCACUUUAUGACCAACGUGGACGUGGAGUGCUUUUUGGUGUCUCUCAAGGCUGGUGGUGUGGCGCUCAACCUCACCGAGGCGUCACAUGUUUUCAUUGUUGAUCCAUGGUGGAACCCGGCGGCCGAGUGGCAAUCCGCGGACCGAUGCCACCGCAUUGGACAGACGCGCCCAUGCACCAUCACUCGCCUCUGCAUUGAGGAUUCAGUCGAGAGUCGCAUGGUUCUCCUGCAAGAGAAGAAGACGAACAUGAUCAAUUCCACCAUCAACUCUGAUGAUACGGCAAUGGAGUCCUUGAGCCCAGAGGACCUUCAAUUCCUCUUUCGCGGAUCUUGA